UUUCUCAACUGUUCUAUUUGAUGAUUCAUAAUAUUUUGAAGCCAUAUAUUAAACAGGUUUGCGUCGUAUAAUCAACAUUCACUGUGAAACUUUAUUCGAGUGCGACGCAUUAACGUGUCAGUGUUUAUUUUGCUAUAAUUCUGAGAUUUUUAACUCAAGUUUUUUUUCUGCAAUGGAGGACCAAGUUCCAUUUAAAGUGUAUACCUUCUGGGGGAAGCAUGAGCAGCCAGAAGUCAGAAGAUUUGGUGUUGAGAAGAGUGUAGUCACCAGCUUCCAUUACCUGAACGCCAAGCUUCAGGAUGUGUACCCAGGUCUUAAGACAAAGACCUACUCUGUAGCUUGGAAAGAUGAGGAUGGCGAUGAUGUUGUAGUCUCAUCCGAUGAUGAGGUGAUGACCGCACUGCAGGCGUUGAGUGGAGAUGUCAUCAAGCUAUACGUUUACUGCAAGGCUGAGGAAGCCAAAGAUGAUGACUGUGACAUCAUUUUGACAGCCGUAACUGGCAAUCCCAGUGGUGCUCCUGAUGCCCCAGCUGUUCACUAUGGAGUGAUGUGCGACUCCUGCGAUGGUUCCGUCAUUGGGUUCCGCUACAAGUGCUCCGUGUGCGAUGACUACGACUUGUGCUCACAAUGCGAGGCUGCGGGCAAGCACCCUGAGCACUGCAUGGUGCGAGUGCCCACGCCGAACAUGUCUCGCACAGUCAUUAAAGCUGCGAUUAAAAGGUCCCGUCAUUUCUUGAAGUCGGUUGCCAACGCUAUGGCCGCCGAGGAUUGCCCCUACAAGAAGCACCGCGCCGAGCGUGGAGGGGAGAGGAAGCAUCACCGCGGCGGACACGGCCCUCACCCCGAGCACGGCGAGCACAGCCGCCGCAGACAACAACGCGUCAGCUGGCUUGAUACCUUCACCACUUACAUGAACGAGUUUGCCAACCUUGCUGGGGACAUCGACAUCGGAGAAGACAGACCUAGGCCAGAGGAAACUAAAACACCCAACCAAACUGAAACUCAAGGACAGGUCCCCCAGGCCACCCAGGCUAAGCCGCAGACCACCACCCAAUCCACUCAAGCUCCGAAACAACCUGAGCCGACUACAUCUGCUAGUGCGCAGACUCAAUGCCCAUUCGGCUCCUCUAGACCUUACGGUCCGACGGCCAUCAACGUCAAGGAUCUUAUACAAUCAUUCUUGCGUAAUUUGCCGGAACAGGGCAUUUAUGUGCCCCCACCAGCUCAGCCUCAGAGCGCGGCUACUAACGCUACUCCGGCCCCUUUCGCGGCCCCAGCUAAUGACGUAGAAAUGGGUCAAGGAGACAGAAAGGCGCCUCAGGCUGAUGACGUCACCUUUAGGACCGAAACGUCUGCUGCUUCAAGUGUUAAUGAAUAUCCUAGAGAUGCUUCGCCUGACAAAGCUGAUGACUGGACUGUGAUUAAUAAGGAAAAAGACUUGAUGGACACAGCCAGUGCCCCUGCUGAAGCUGCUGCUCCCAUCGGCUUCAACCUGCCGGAAGAGUUCCAAGAGCGCGUGAAGAUCGCUGAAGGUGGCCUGUACCCGCCCCUGAACACUUCCACUGCCGGUCAUGAUUCAUCAUUAUUGACACGAGCUGAUCGUUUAGUGUUGAAUCCUAAAGAGCCUGCGGUACAAAAGCCCUCUGCACCCCCGGCUGCCGCGGCCGCUGCCCCGGCUCCUGCGCCUGGUCCCAAGCCUCAGGCACAGCCGGCACCAGCCACAUCUGCCGCACCGACCAACCCGCCUAGGCAGCGCCACCCAAAAGCUCACAUUGACGCAGCGAUUCAACAAAUGCUGGCUAUGGGUUUCACCAACGAGGGCGGUUGGUUGACUCAACUCCUUGAGAGUAAGGAUGGCAACAUUGCUGCAGUACUGGACCUUCUCACCCCCGUCAACACCAGGAAGUAGACGUCACGCUUUCUAGCCGUUCAGGCCUACAUUAGAUUAUUCACGAUUUCUUAGUUAGGAUAACAGUUUUACUCCACAUUUAUUGGAAAUAUAUCUUACAAAUAUUAUGUGAUUAUUCAGAUGUGAUAGGAAUAAGAUGAAGAUGGAAUACUUACAAUAGAAUAGCAUAGACAUGUAAGCCCUAUAAAUGUUAUUGUAUGGGUGAAGGGAUAUAGAGAAUAAAUACAAUAUUAUCCAUCUAGAUGUAGUUGUUCUAUUUUCUCUUCUCUCUAUCCAUUUAGGAUAUUUAUAGAUCUUGCCUUUAGUAGUUUUAGCUUAUAAAUACUUAAAUUAUACUAUAAGUUCUGGGCAUUCUAUACAUAAUAAUGUAUUGUUAUACUGCAUUAUACUUAUAAUAUGCAUUGAAAUAAAUGGAAUCACAUUCCUAAAAAUAUUUUAAUAAAUUAUACUAUUCUGUUUGACAUUGUUUUAUGACAAUUAUUUACUUUUGUUUAUGUUGUGAAUGAAUUCUGUGAAAAUAUUUAUUAUUUAUGAAGUAUCUACUAUGGAUAAUAAUUAAAUCGAAUGUGAUAUUUGGUUAUGACUGAAUUUAUAGUAGUAUUAUAUGUAGUGAGUUUAUUAGGUAUAUGUUAGAACCUAGUUCUAUCUAUAAUACGAUAAUGUGUGUAUCUUAUUAAUAUAAUAAAUUAAAUGGUAUUCAAUAAAGGAUUUAAAAGGGAA